AGUAGCCAGGGGAUGGAGUUGGGAUGCAGACAAAUGCUCCUCACAUGACUGGACUUCCAGGAACUUGCUGUGGCUGCCGCGCUACUUCGCUUCCAGGAUGACUGCUGUCGCCCCCCUGGAACACAGCACAGUGCCCAGGGAGUUACAGUUUAAGGUGCUGGUCAUCGGGGAGUUCGGCGUGGGGAAAACUGCAGUCAUCAGAAGGUACACAGAGGGUCACUUCAGCCCUUACUACAAACUAACCAUUGGUGUGGACUUUGCAGUGAAAACCCUGGACUGGGAUGCCAAGACCAAAGUUACAGUCCAGCUUUGGGACAUUGCUGGACAUGAGAGAUUUGGCCACAUGACUCGUGUGUAUUAUAAAUAUGCUGUAGCUGCCGUGGUAGUGUUUGACCUCUCCAGACCUCCAACAUUUGAUGCUGUACUAAAGUGGGUGAGUGACAUUCGAGAGAAAGUAACAUUGGGUGAUGGUCGCCCACUGCCUGUUCUGCUGUUGGCCAACAAAUGUGAUAUUGAUUCUAUCACCAUCCACCCAGAUGUGAUCUCAAACUUCUGCAAACAGCAUCACAUUGAUGCCUGGUUUCUCACUUCAGCCAAGGAAGACAUCAACAUAGGAGAUGCCAUGAAGUGGCUGGUGGGUCGCAUCUUAGAAGUGCGGUCAAGUUCCCCAGCUCCUGCCCCAAUGGUACGUCCACUGGCCCCAGAAGAUCCCCCUGAAAAGGCCCCUACCUACUGUUGCAGGUGAACAAAGCACAUCAGCAAAUUGGUCACAAGCAGCAGAUGGUAUGAUGUCUUGCUGAACAGUCUUUGUGCUGAUGUUAAGCACUGAUUAGCUGCCCUUGCUGUGGAAACAGUCCUGCAGAGACACUGCGCAGGAGCAGAGCCAUGCAACACUGCCACAUGGGGCUCAUGUUGGUGCAAUGAGGUACUUAAGAUCCUGAGUAAUGGAGGCUGCUGGAAUAGAUUUUAGUUUUAUGUUUAUUUUUCUUGACUCAGUCCAUCCCCUGCUCUACAUUCUAAAGUGUUUAGUGGCAUAAUUUUUCUUAUGUUUGUUUUAAAAGGAAUUAUUGUAUAUUGUGUUUUCUAGUCUACAAAGACAUAGUUUUAUGUACUGUAUGUUUUUUUGCAGAAAUGCAGUAUUUCAACACUAAUACCUAAUUAGAGCAGCUAUUAUUAAGUUUUAUUUUUGAGUUUAAUUAUAAAGUAGAAUGAAGUUUGUUCCUUAUUCAUUGAAAAAUCAGUCAAGAUAUUUGUGCAGCGGUGUAAGGAUCAUGUUUGUGAAGUGCCUGAUCAAGACCUUGUCCGUCCAUUGUCUAGUUAUUGUGGGACAUUUAGGCUGCUUUACGCUGCCCAAGAACCACAUAAGUUUUUCAUGAGUCUUUCAGUAACUUUUGGAGAGUACAUCUACCCAUUUUCUAUUUGGGUUUUGUACUUUUGUGGUGUUUUUACUAUAAUGGAGCAAUAUGGUUUGGUGCAACCUUUCCCGAGUUCCUUACCAAGGAUGGGAUAUGGGACAAUGAAUAAUUAAGCUUUGGAGAUUAUAUUGGUUGAAUCCCAUAAUUCUCAUCUAUUUCCUUAAAUAACUUUUUUUUCAUAACCAAAGUUGCCUCAAAUUUAACCAUUUAUUGAGUCUUUGUAAAGGAUUAUAAAUGGUCUUUCUCUUAGUGAUUUAUCUCUGGAAGCAAUACUAUUCAAUUUAGUGGUGAUUCUGGAUAUUGUUGUACCACUCUUUAGUGAAAUGGAGAUACUCUAUUCUUUUUACUGUGGAGUAAUUUUCCAUCAUUACAUCUCUGCCUUAGGAACAUCUUGUAGGCGAGGCACUGGUGAGUGGAUUGUUGGUGGCAUUGAUGGAGUCCAAACUUUGUAAGUGAUAAUUUGAUCAUCCAGCAUCAUUAUAUUGUGAGUGGGUAUUCUUCUCUUUCUCCAAAAGAAUACAUAUUACAUUUAAUUACCUUGCAAGCUUCCAAUUUUACAAGCCUCCUUUAACUACAGUUGUGGUAUUUUUGUAUGAUAUCCAUCCCAUCUCCCUCUCACAAUUAGUAAGUGUGUAAGAAAUUGUAAGGACCUAAACUUGAAUUGUUAGACAGAUGUACAUAGACUUGGAGUUGUCACUGCUUAUAUGUUCUUUUUGAUUCUGGAGACCCAACCAUUAUAUCAUUUAUUAAAUAAAAAAAAGUUUUCUAGAUGGAGCAAUUUUGGCAAAGUAUUUGUACAAAAAAGCAGCUUGAGCUUUGAAAUUGACUGUCAAGGAACUUACUACUUUCAGAAAGCAAAAAUGACACUAUGAAAAUGACUUAAGUAUUUUUCUGAUCUUGUGAUAUCAUAUAUAGAAAAUAUUAGCUUUUUUCUCCAAGUGAAUCAGCAUUAUAUAAGUGUGAUGCCUUUGAAGGAAAUUGUUAUUAACCCUGCACAUGCUCAGAACAUAAAAACUGUCCUUCCAGUGUGGAUCUAUCUUCUGUACCUCACUUUUUAGCUGAUGCCAUAAAUUGCUGACUUUGUAAGGGAGAACUUGGAUAAACUUUUCUUUCAAAAUAAUUUGGUGAAAGACUACUUCCCUUCAUGCCACAUCCCUGCAGUGACCUUGCCAAUGCAGUGUGUGUGAGACCAAUUUUUGUCAUCAACUUUUUCAACUUUUGAAGCUGAGAGUUUAGAAUUGAGAAUCAACAACUAUUUUAUAUGCAUGAUCGUAGGAUGUUGUGGCAUGUAUGAAGUGCAUAUUAUAGUGAAGGUUCCUGAUGUUGUUUGAGGCUCCCCUUUUUUUUGGGAAAUUAAUAAUUUAAGAAAUAAUAAUGCUGUUGAAGAUGUUGGCAACAAGUGUAAGGACAAGAAUGUAGUUGAAAACUAGACAGUCAUAUAUGAAGGCCAAUUUUGUUCAUUUGUAUUUAGAUUUUUUUCUCAUUUUCCUACUUUACACUAUAUCGCUCAAAAAAUUAUCACCUGUGCAUAAUUAUAUUUUUAUACUUUUUGAUUUAGCAUUUGGUUCAUGGUGUAGCUAAAAUGAUUGUGUGUGUUGCUAAUGAGUUCCAGAUGUGUGUGAUUGUGUUCAGAUAUCCCAAUCUGGUCACUGUUGGAGUACAAUGUUAUGUAGAUUAGUUCUCAGUAUUUCUUAAUGUAUUAUAUCUUGAUUUUUUCACCACUGCUCAUGAAUUAGAGAACAUAUUUUAUUCCUUGUCAGACCUCUUGCUUGUAGUUAUAUUAAUAUUUUAAAGAAUAUGUAUGUAUGGUUUUAAAUCUCACUCUAAGGAAUUAUUUUAUGGGAGCCCUACAUAUGAGACGUUGCGUGACGUAGGGCGAUAAGCGCCAAAAACAAUAAACGGAGAAAAACGUGGUCAAAUUUUUGCGACAUUUGGAAUGUGAUAGCUCAGCAACGGAUCAAGCUAGAGAGUUGGGGUUGGUCUUAAAAGAAAGCUUAGAAUGUCUACUUUAUGUCUGUCAUAAAAUCAAACACAUCAUCUUGCCAUAAUAUGAAAGGAUUAACGGUGAAAUUAUUUUUUAGCUGUUUUUCACAGUGUUAAAUCGGAGAAAAAUGUGGUCAUCGGUUUAUAUCUCAGAACUAUGAUAAGUUAUUGAAAAAAUAUUAUACCAUGCAUAAAGUAAACAUCCUAAGCUUUUAUUUAAGACCAAUCUCAGCUCUCUAGCUUGAUCCGUUUUUUAGCUAUCGCAUUCCAAAUGUCGCAAAACUUUGAUCGCGUUUUUCUCCUCUUGUUUUAUUCAAUCAAUAUCCUACUAUAGUGCUUGAAACAUGACUCCAAACCUACACAAUCAUAAUCACAUCCUAGCAAAAUACAAAAUAACAAUAAAACACGAUAAGAAAAAUCUUCAAAAUUGUAAAAGAGAGAUUAAGAGGAGAAAAAGUAGAGUAGAAGACAUGAAAAAAGGAAAAGAAAUACGCCAAAAGGAUUCAUGUAUUUUCCUAAUGUUAUCUAAGCCCAACUUAUCAUAACAACCAUCCUUGCAUGUAGGCCCUACCUCACGCUUUUUUACAACUUUCCCUGUAUCUCGGCUUACGUAUUCCUGGCCGGUGUUCCGUUUAGUUUUCGCCACAAUUCUCUUCCACUCACUAGGGCUAGGGCCUGUUUUGUGUCGUAAUAAGCUCCCUUCAGCAAUCCCCUCACCACUGUUAGAAGCCAUCACGGUAUCUGCUGGCCAACGUUAUAAAAAAACACAAAAAUAGUUCAUAAUCACGGGGUUUGUGGAGACAAUAGCGUAGACUGGCUUGGCUGGUGGCUGGCCGUGAGCAGCUGGGGAUGCACGGCAGGCAGUGAUUGGCCGAGGCAGAGCUAUGUGGUACGCUACACAGCAAGGGAUUGGUCACUCAGCUUGUCGCUUAUCUCCCCUUGUGAAGGCUGGGUUGAUGCAUGGCGGACGGAGCUACAGUACAGAGAAAAGUUAAUGUUACAUUAUGGGAUUUUCGACCAUGAAGGCGCUGGCUCUUGCUCCUAAGUUCGGUACCGCUGGAAAGCUGAGACUGGCGAAGACAAUGCUAUACAUAACUCAAUUUCAUCUACGGUGGCGCUUAACUCCCUCCGUCACACAACGCCUCAUAUGCAGAAUGCUGACACUUUACUGUGGACAGCAUAGUGUAAGAAAAUAGGAAUACAUUGUGCUUGAGUCUUGCUACCAAGGACAUGGUAAUAGGCCUCCAGUUCUUACCUACAUAGGGGCUUGGCAGCUUUUAUAUCUUUGUCAUUUUCCUAUUGGAAAGUUGUGAAAAUUUGUUGGAAGCCUUACAUAUGAUGCUGCUUGAUACUUAAGAUUGUUGAUACUGUAAGUUGUCUUCAAAUGGCAGCAAAAGUGUAGAGUAAUUUUGAUGCUCAGAAGAGUGUCUGAAGUGCCUGUUUUGCUUUUACUGGUCAUCCAGGUAUUUGUCAAAAACAGUUAUUCUCAGGAGAGCUUGAGUGAGGCAGGUGAUGUUUACAAAAUAUUCUCAUACAUAUCUGUAUUUUACUUACACAACUAGAAACAGGGUAAGGCCCAAAAGAAUUUUAUUGGAAGAUGUGAUGCCACACCUUUCCUUCAGAACAGACUGAUCCAGUCAUAUUGAAAUGUGCCUGGAACCCUUGUGGAUUUUUUUUUUAUCAUAUACUUCAUGUGACUUGCUCAGCUAUUAAGAUAUACUGAGAAGAUUGAGCAUGAAGGUUUGUUGUAAACAUAUAUUUAUACAAAUGGGAGUUAAUGAAACAUAUCUUUGGUAUUAAACUGUUGUUGUGGUGUCUGUUCAUAUAGUACAUUUCAAAUACCUUAUGAAAGCAAGCCAAGUAAGUGCUUAACUGUCUAGGGUAUGUUAAAGGAACUACAUUGUUGAAUAUCCUGUUUUAUCUAGUUGAAAACUAAAGAUGAAAUGUAUCAUAUUAUACACCUAUUUUGUGGAAAAUUUCUGUACAAAGGAUGCUGCCCUAUUGAUCAACAAGAACAGUGCAAACAUUCUAGCUUGUCUGGAACAUUAAGAUAACAUUUAUCAGAAUUAUAUUUGCAUUUGUCACAGACACUUCUACAGCAGUUCCUCAGCCCUCAGCUGAACCACAGUAAAAAUACAAUUUGUUUUUUAAUGAAGUAGAUGUGAAUACCACUACUAUACCAGCUUGGACUUUAUAAAAAUUGUGUUGUAAUUUUUAAGCCAUCUAUAGUUUGUUCCAAUUUGUGUUUGAGUGUAGCAUUCAUUUGGGAAGUUUGUCUUUGGCCCCUAGUUUACAAGCUAAAGUUAUAUCUAUUAUGUAUUGUCUACAUUAGACAGUGUAGUUAAAUCUCAAAUGGCAUUGACUUGUUUAGAAUUAUUCCUUAUAUAUAUUGAAAAGUUGAAGAAAGUGCUUGACUUGAAGCUUUAUAGGUUGCUAGUUUAAACUUAGUUUACAAUAUCUAAUCAGUGGGAGAGAAGCCUCUCCUAUAAAUAACUUCAUCCAGCACUAUAUGACUGGGUUAUCAGUUUCUAGUAUUCCCCUUGAAUAUGGACUUCAUUUGAUUGCAACACUCAGAGGAAAUUGUCCAUAAUUGUCAUACUUAUCUAUUUUUUUUAAGAUGACAAAGAUCAUUGCAACAAGAUACACACUCUCAUCUGAUGUAAUGUUAUCUUAAGUGCACAAUUAUGACUUCUUCCCUUGCACAAUAUAUACCACGUUGGUGUUGUCUGGCAAUAUGACAAUUGAAAACAAUCUGAAAAUUGAUGUUGGAAACCACCAUCCUAAUAUGAAAAUAAUAUUGGAAACCACCAUCCCAAUACUAGAAUGUAUUAAAAUGGCAUGCCUAAAAGCAAGUUCAAGAUUCUUGAACCUUUAAUAUGGCAUACAUAGUACUUUCAUAUAUAUGUAAUUGAUGCAAAAUGAAUGGUAGCAUUAAUUUGUCAUAAGAGAUUUGUGAAAUGUAAUGAGUACUUAGUACAUAUUGAAAUCACUUAAGUAUGGUUAUUAUAUUAACACUAUUGUUUGAAUAUAUAAUUGUCACUCAGGUUUAUUUACCGUUUAGAAAAAAUGUAAUAACUUGUCACAAUUGAUCUGUUUUCAUUGUUAAAAUUUGAUAUGGUGUAUUAUUUGAAUAGCAAUUUUAUCUGUACUGUUAAGUUAUUUUUGAAGGACAUACAUAAAGUGUCAACCAAAA